AUGGCACCUUUAUCUUGUUCUACACCUUUACUCACCGGAAAAAAGAAGGUUCUUUUCAUAAUGGGUGCAACUGAGAGAGGCAAAACCAAGUUAUCCAUUAACUUAGACACUCAAUUUCCUUCUGAAAUCAUUAACUCUGACAAAAUUCAAGUCUAUAAGGGCCUUGACAUUAUCACCAACAAGGUACCAGAGUCAGAAUGUCGUGGUAUUUCCCAUCAUCUGAUAGGCAUUAUUAACAAUCCUGACUAUGAUUUCACUGUUGAUGACUUUUGCAAACAUGUCCUCAAUGCUCUCGAUCUCAUCUUUGAAAAUGGACACCUACCUAUUAUCGUGGGAGGCUCAAACACUUAUCUUGCAACAUUGCUUGAGGAUCUCAACAUGGCUUUUCAUUCCAAAUAUGAUUAUUGCUUCAUUUGGGUUGAUGUAUCUUUAACCGUGUUGUUUCAGUAUUUAGAUAAAAGAGUGGACAAAAUGGUUGAUGCGAGAGUUGUGGAUGAGAUUCAAGAAAACUUUGUGCCUGGAGCAAAUUACUCUCGUGGGGUUAGAAGAGCCAUCAGGGUUCCUGAGCUAGGAGAGUAUUUCCUGGUUGAGAAGGAAAUUAGUGAUAAGGCUGAAAAAGAGAAGAUGCUACAACAUGCUAUUGCUAGAACCAAAGAGAACACUUGUAAAUUGGUUGAGAUGCAACUCUUAAAGAUCCAUAAGAUUAACUAUGAGCUUGGAUGGGGAAUGACCAAAAUUGAUUCCACAGAAGUGUUUGAGGCUAUCUUAAAAGGAGUUGACUAUAAGAACUUGUAUCAUGAAAUUAUAUUCAAACCAAGCAUGGAGAUAGUGAAAAGAUUCCUGCAGGAGACAACUCGAAUGUGGGGAAAGACACCAUGCCAAUAUGACCAACAAGUGACAAUUUAUACUUAG